AGUUACCCACACAAUCUCUCGACUAGUUGUUCUAGAGAGAUUCUUAGAGCCCAAUUCGCUUAGAAAUCAUGAACUUGCGGCGCGGAUUUCCUUUGCUCUUGCAGCAGUACGCGGCACUUCUGAAGAAGAACCUCCUGCUAUCAUGGAGGAACAAGACGGCGACGUUCCUUCAGCUCUUCUCUUCCUUCUUCUUCAUCUUCCUUAUCUUCUGCAUCCAGCGUGCCAUCCAGGCUCGCUACGCCUCAGCCACCUCCUUCAAGCGUGUCAUCGAUCCCAAACCCCUAUUCUCCACCCCGAUCCCUCCCUGUGAGGACAAGUUCUACACUAAGGUCCCUUGCUUUGACUUUCUGUGGAGCGGAAACGAGAGCGCCGCGGUUCGGAGCAUUGUGAAUGGUAUCAUGGCGAAUAAUCCUGGGAGGCCGAUUCCUUCGACGAAGGUUCAAUCAUUUAGAACAUCAUAUGAAGUAGACGCAUGGCUGUUUAGUAAUCCGAUGAGGUGCCCUGGAGCUUUGCAUUUUGUGCAAAGAAAUGCUACUAUAAUUAGCUAUGGCAUACAGACUAAUUCUACUCCAGUUGCAGUGCGAGGGAAUUAUGAAGAUCCAACGUUUAAAUUUCAAAUACCACUCCAAAUUGCCGCAGAGCGUGAGAUUGCGAGAUUUCUGAUUGGAGAUCCAAAUUUUAGCUGGGUUUUUGGAUUUAAGGAGUUUGCACACCCUGCAGUGGAGCUUUUCUCUGCAGUUGCUACGGUGGGACCAACCUUUUUCCUUGCAACUGCCAUGUUUGCUUUUGUGUUUCAAAUUAGUUCUUUGAUCACAGAGAAAGAGCUUAAACUUCGCCAGGCAAUGACUAUGAUGGGUCUAUAUGAUUCUGCUUACUGGCUCUCAUGGCUCACGUGGGAGGGAGUUCUUACAUUUCUCUCCUCUCUUUUCUUGGUUCUCUUUGGGAUGAUGUUUCAGUUUGAGUUUUUCUUGAACAACAGUUUUGCAGUAGUGUUCCUCGUGUUCUUUCUUUUCCAACUCAAUAUGAUUGGCUUUGCCUUCAUGCUGUCAGCCUUCAUAAGCAAAUCAUCUUCAUCCACAACAGUGGGUUUCUCCAUAUUUAUUGUUGGCUUUAUGACUCAGCUUGUAACAGUAUUUGGGUUUCCCUACCGUCACAACUUCUCUAGCACCGUAAGAUCUAUCUGGUCGUUAUUCCCACCUAACCUUCUUGCUCAAGCUCUAAAUCUUCUUGCUGGGGCAACUUCAACCUCUCAAGAUGUCGGGGUUAGCUGGAGUGGACGAGCCAAGUGUGCACCAAAUGAUACUGAGUGUUUAAUAACGAUUGAUGAUAUUUACAAAUGGCUGGUUGGUACAUUCCUAGUGUGGUUCAUAUUGGCUAUAUACUUCGAUAAUAUAAUCCCAAAUGCAUCGGGUUUAAGAAAAUCAGUGUUGUACUUCCUAAACCCUGGCUAUUGGAUAGGGAAAGGUGGAAGCAAAGUGAAAGAGGGUGGCAUUUUUAGCUGCAUGGGUUCAGUCCCACAGCAAGAGCAUAUUACUCCAGAUGAUGGAGAUGUCCUUGAAGAGGAAAACAUGGUAAAACAUCAAACACAUGAAGGUGUGGUUGAUCCAAACGUUGCUGUUCAGAUACGUGGUCUUGUGAAGAUAUAUCCUGGGACUAGGCAGUUUGGUUGCUGUAAAUGCAAGAAGACUGCACCCUACCAUGCUGUUAGGGCCUUAUGGGUGAACUUUACAAAGGAUCAGUUAUUUUGCCUUCUUGGACCCAAUGGAGCCGGAAAAACUACAACAAUUAAUUGUUUGACUGGCAUUACACCGGUGACUGGAGGAGAUGCAUUGAUAUAUGGAGAUUCAGUCCGAAGCUCAGUUGGCAUGUCAAACAUACGCAGAAUUAUAGGAGUUUGUCCCCAGUUUGAUAUCCUUUGGGAUUCAUUAUCUGGUCAAGAGCACCUCCACCUCUUUGCUAGCAUUAAAGGCCUACCACCAUCUUCUAUCAUUCUGAUGGCUCAGAAGUCAUUGGCAGAGGUGAAACUCACUGAGGCGGCCAAAAUGAGAGCUGGAAGUUAUAGUGGAGGAAUGAAGCGCCGACUCAGUGUUGCAAUAGCCCUCAUUGGUGAUCCAAAGUUAGUCAUUUUGGAUGAACCGACAACUGGUAUGGAUCCAAUAACGAGGAGACAUGUGUGGGACAUAAUAAAUGAUGCAAAGAAAGGGCGUGCCAUUGUUCUAACAACACAUUCAAUGGAAGAAGCUGACAUUUUAAGCGACCGCAUAGGAAUCAUGGCCAAGGGCAGGCUUCGUUGCAUUGGAACCUCAAUCAGGUUGAAGUCACGGUUUGGCACUGGCUUCAUUGCUAAUAUUAGCUUCUUGGGAAGCAAAAAUGGGCAAACUCCUCCGACUCAUUCUCCUUCCAAUGAGGCUGCAGCUUCUACAAUUCAUCAUGAGGCUGUGAAGGAGUUCUUUAAAGAUCGAUUGGAUGUAGUGCCAAAAGAGGAGAAUAAAGCCUUUCUGACUUUCGUGAUUCCUCAUGACAGAGAGCGGCUUUUGACGAAAUUUUUCGAGGAGCUCGAACAUAGAGAGAGAGAAUUUGGUAUCUCUGACAUCCAACUUGGUCUUACAACUCUGGAAGAAGUUUUCUUGAAUAUUGCUAGGCAGGCAGAGCUAGAGAGUGCAGCAGCUGAGGGGAGGAUGGCAACUCUGAGUCUAUCGUCUGGAGCCUCAGUUCAGAUACCUUUAGGGGCCAGGUUCGUGGGGAUUCCGGGAACGGAAUCUGGAGAGAAUCCUAGAGGGACAAUGGUAGAAGUGUACUGGGAGCAAGAUGAUUCUGGAACCCUAUGCAUUUCGGGCCACUCAGCUGAGAUUCCAAUUCCUCCUAAUGUUCAAACAAUGCCUUCUACAACGAGUUCUGGAAGAAGUUCCUUAGGCCGGCCAGGACCAGUCCAUGGAAUUGUUAUUGAUCCCAAUCAAAUUGGUAUUACCAAUUAGUAUUUAUAUUCUUUUUUUUUUAUUGUUCAUUUUUUACAUUGAAUGCGCUCCGCCAUUCAGGGGCAUUUUAGCCUGCUGUGUGAUUACUUUACUUGAUUUAGCAAUAUCAUAAUAUCAUUACUUUCUUGCGUAA